AUGCAACCAGACACAAAGCCACGCUCAGCCGCACAGUUACAACUCGUUCCUGCUGGACGCGCAUAUGGACAGCAAACUUAUGAACCAGUGCACAAAUGUUAUCCUUGCGGACACGUUCAUUCCUGCCAAGAUUGCAAUCGUGUCUUGCUUUUUCGUCAAGCUUUAGGACCACAGGAAGCAAAAUUCUUCGAACCGUCUGUUGCUAGAAAAUAUCGAAGAAUGGAGAUAGAACCUUAUUUUCGCAGAAACGUACCCAAGAAUGUGGGAAUUUCACAAGAUGAAAUUCUAGAACGCACCCUUGCUAAUCCAAGCCUCAGCAUUAUAGACAUUGUUAACCAGAUCGCUAUUGAAAACGAAGAAGCCCGUGAGAAGGCUUUGCUAGCGGGUGAUUCUAUGUACCAUAGUAUGAGGCAAUAUAAAUAUCAAGAUGAGACAAGUUAUGAUGAAGGACCUAGUAUUUUAGCACAGCAGAGCAAUAAUACUAUCUCACCGUCAGCGCUCGCUGAAAUUGCUGCGCAACCUUCACAAAAUGUACACAUUAAUCAGACUAGUGAAGUAGCGACGACUUCCUUGUCAGUUCAACAACCCACCGCUCAAGAACUAGCUUUCAGUUCUCGGACGUCCGCUACAACGCAACCGACCACAUCUGGUGCACAUUUUACACUUACUGAUCCCUCAUUAGGUUUUAAAAAAGCAACUAUUAAAUAUGCUUUGCCCAAGAAACCUGACACUGGUUAUAAGCCGCGUCCUAAUCCAGUAACACCGAACCUAAAAAUUAAUGGUAGUGGAGUUUUCUCAGAAAUGGCU